AUGACUGUGGAUAAAAAAUUUUAUGAAAGAUUCAGAAAGGAACUUGUACCUCAGUUUCAAUCUAAAAAAUUGGCAAAGAGUAUAUAUCAUUUUGAAGGUAUUAAAUCUGGCCAAUUUCGAUCUCUAGCUGAUUCUAAAAAAUGUGAAAAAAAAUCUUGGAAUUCUGAACAUGUGGACAACUUCAAUAAAAAUAUAAAAUCUAUUAAAAUUCUUGAUCCAAAAAAUUCAACAGUAAAAAAUAGAUUUUUGCGUUAUUUAUCGAAUAAUAAAUUAAAAUGUGGAAUGUCGACUCUAUCAAUUAUAAUUGAUGGUAUUACUAUCACACUAUCAAUUACUGAAGACAAAAAUCAAUUUGGAAAAUCAACAACUGUAACUUUGUGCAAUGCAAUCGGUUCAACGGUAGGAGCAGCUAUUGGAGCUGCUAUCGGUAGCCUUAUCCCUGGUAUUGGAACUAUAGUUGGCGGUAUGCUAGGUGGUAUUAUUUUUGGUUUUAUUGGAACAACAAUUGGAAAUUUAUUUUGUGGAUUAUUUCCAGAAAUAGCUGAAGGUCCAGGUUCACCAGAACCUGAAUAUCUACAGUUUAUUUAUAGCGAUAAGGAAAAUUUUGCUAUACCAUUGUCAGAUUAUAAUAUAGAUGAAAAAAGUGGUUUACCAAUGAAAGAUUAUGAAUCAGGUCAAAAAUUAAAUCAAGAUUAUGAUUUACAUAAUACAUCUAGACCACCAAAAUCAGAUUAUCAAUAA